UUUCUUUAAAGAAGAAAACGAAAACCAGAUAAGAAAUGGUGCUUUGGUCAUAUCCACCGACGGCGAAGCAACUAACAGUGACGAUCGGUUUUUGCCUCACUGGAGCUUCGUUCAUUGCCGCCGGAGCUUACCUUUCGUUUGUAAAUAUUGGUCCUCAACAAGAACGUGUUAAAGCUCGUAGCCAAUACGUCAAAGACCGGCUUCGAAAGAUGCUCGACGAUUAAUCGGCGCUCAAGAAGAAAGAAGAUCCAAGAUAGUAAGGGAAAAAUAAAAUCCUGGGUUUUUGUUUGAUUUGUAAACGAAAAAAAGAUUUGGUGAUUUUUUACUUUACUAAACGGUAAAUUUUAGUGGCGAAUGAGACGAGUCCUCGUUUAAGUUUUCUCCUUAUUGAUUCAUAUAUUUGUAUAUGGAUUCAAAUUAAAUACGAAAAUUUUGUUGUUUUUUUUUUA